AUGAAGAUGGGCUUCUGGGAUGUCCCUUUCAUGCAAAAGGCGUUUCGGUUUAGACGUCUUGUAGAUGGGAAUGGAAGGAGAAAGAGGAAGAAACCAUCAUGGUUAGCUCCGGUCUCUCAUGGAUACUAUACCGUGGACCGGUUAAGCUGUAUCGACCGUUCAUCGAAUGCUGAUUCAGUUUUCGUACAGAGAGAGCAGCAAAGUGAAGAGCUUGAGAUUUGGUUCUUUGCAGUGUCGAAUGCUGAAACAGGGAAAGAGAUUGUCAAAUAUAUGCAGAACCAUCUCUUCGAUAAGCUCUCCAAUGAGCAUAGGAUUAUGAGAAAGUGUAAAGAGACGAUAAGAAAAGCGUACGUUGAGGAAGAGAGAAGCGGUGGAUCGGCCGCUUCGGUCGUGGUGGUGAACGGAGAAAAGUUAGCCAUGGCUAGUAUUGGCGACCAUAGAGUAGUGGUUUGUAGAGAUGGUGAGGCUCAUCAAAUCAGAGAUAAGAGCAAGAGAUCCUCAACAAAACAUUGGUCACAAUUUAUCUUCCCAGUUUGUAAUCAAGAAGAAACAGAAGAUGAAUCAGAUCCAAGAAACUCAGAACUUGCUUUGGUUACAGAAUAUAUUAAUUCGGAUACAGAGUUUAUCAUUAUCGGUAGCUCUGGAAUAUGGGAGGUGAUGAAGAAUCAAGAAGCGAUUAACUUAAUCAGACACAUUGAAGAUCCUCAAGAAGCUGCAAAAUGUUUAGCUAAAGAAGCUUUAAACAGGAUUAGCAAACAUGACAUUUCUUGUCUUGUGAUUAGGUUUGACUAA